GACUUUAAGGACCUUGGCGUUUUGAAGCCUUUACCAGCUUGUGAGUUUGAGACGGGCGGCCCCGAAGGAAUCGUGGAGUCUCUGCAAAUUAUGAAGGAAGGCAAAGCUUCCUCCAGCGAGGCUGUGGAUUGCAAAUGGUACAUCCGAGCCCCACCGCGAUCCAAGAUCUACCUGCGCUUCUUGGACUAUGAGAUGCAGAAUUCCAACGAGUGCAAGCGGAACUUUGUGGCUGUGUACGAUGGCAGCAGCUCCGUGGAGGACCUGAAAGCCAAGUUCUGCAGCACGGUGGCCAACGACGUGAUGCUGCGCACGGGCCUGGGGGUGAUCCGCAUGUGGGCAGAUGAAGGCAGUCGGAACAGCCGCUUCCAGAUGCUCUUCACGUCCUUCCAAGAACCUCCCUGUGAAGGCAACACCUUCUUCUGCCAUAGUAACAUGUGCAUUAACAAUACAUUGGUCUGCAAUGGACACCAGAAUUGCGUGUAUCCAUGGGAUGAAAAUCACUGUAAAGAAAAGCGGAAAGCCAACCUUCUGGACCAGCUGACCAACACCAGUGGGACGGUGAUCGGCGUGACUUCCUGCAUCGUCAUCAUCCUCAUCAUCGUCUCUGUCAUCGUGCAGAUCAAGCAGCCUCGGAAGAAGUACGUCCAGAGGAAGCUGGACUUGGAUCAGACGGUGUUCCAGGAGGUGUUUGAGCCUCCACAGUAUGAGCUAUGCACUCUCAGAGGGCCGGGGGCCACAGCCGACUUUGCAGACGUCGCGGACGACUUUGAGAACUACCAUAAACUGCGGAGGUCGUCUUCCAAAUGCAUUCAUGACCAUCACUGUGGAUCCCAGCUGUCCAGCACGAAAGGCAGCCGCGGCAACCUCAGCACAAGAGAUGCUUCUGUCUUGACGGAAAUGCCCGCCCAGCCCGUCAAACCCCUCCUCCCACCCAUGAACAGGAGGAACAUCCUGGUCAUGAAACACAACUACUCCCAAGACGCUGCAGACGCCUGUGAAAUCGAUGAGAUCGAGGAGGUGCCCACCACGAGUCACAGGCUGUCCAGACAUGACAAAGCCGUCCAGCGGUUCUGCCUCAUUGGGUCUCUAAGCAAACAUGAAUCAGAAUACAACACAACUAGGGUCUAAAAACAACGUUCAAGGUAAGCAAA